ACUGUCACAUCUGUCAUUCAUCUACCAGCCUUCAGAUACACAGUCAACUGUCUUUACAUCAACUUUGAUAAUUAUAUUUUGUUUCUUAAUUAACUUUUAGUCAGUGUAAGCUUUCCAUUUUUUCUGUCCAAGCCGCACACGAACUCAGAGAACAUUGUAAUUCGGCGAGCAAUCAACGAAUCCAUCAAAAUCGCCCAUGAUUUUGCCGACGUGUAAAAUGCCGAACUGGUAUUAUGACAAAAAGGACCUGAAGUGUUCACCAUCGAUUCGCGAUGGUUUGGAUUUCGAAACAGAGCGUCGUUAUCGCAAAGAAGGAGCUCGAUUUAUUAUGGACUGUGGCAUGUCAAUGGAUCUGGGUCAUAACACAAUGGCAACAGGCGUAGUAUACUUUCAUCGAUUCUACAUGUUUCAAUCUUUCAAAGCGUUUCCACGCUAUGUAACCGCAUGCUGUUGCCUGUUUCUUGCUGGUAAAGUGGAAGAAACGCCUAAAAAGUGCAAGGACAUCAUUCGCACGGCAAGGACAUUGCUGUCCGAGCAGAAAUUUAUGUCGUUCGGUGAUGAUCCGAAAGAAGAAGUGAUGACGUUGGAACGAAUAUUGUUGCAAACCAUCAAAUUCGAUCUGCAGGUCGAGCAUCCGUACAGCUUCUUGGUCAAAUAUGCAAAGUGUUUGAAAGGUGAUAAGGUCAAACUUCAAAAAAUCGUUCAGAUGGCCUGGAAUUUCGUCAAUGAUUCACUAACAACAACUGUGUGCCUUCAGUGGGAACCAGAAAUAAUUGCCGUUGCAUUGAUUCAUCUAGCCAGUAAACUAAGUAAAUUUAAAGUCGAAAAAUGGGACGGCCAGGAGACCACGCACUUACGUUGGUGGGAUAAGUUCGUUGCGGAUGUUACAAUGGAAAUUCUGGAAGACAUUUGCCAUCAAGUAUUAGAUUUGUACCAACAACCGAACUCGUCGAAUGCAGAAAGUCCACCGCAACUGCCACCCAGCAAAUCUAGUCCGCCACCAAAGCCGAAGCGUGCCAAAAUCUCACCAACCUUCAAGGCAUCGCCGAUUCCAAAUGUGGCUAAACCGACAAUUGAUGAGAAAAUCGAAAACAUGCCGGUACCAAAGUCGGUGAUGACCGACAACUACGCUUUUCCGCCGGCGUACGGAACGAUGUUUACACAUUUUCAACAACCACCACCUAACAGUCAACCACUACCUCUAUAUCCAUCGCAUGCAACAUCGGUUCAUGCUCCACUACCUCAUGCUCCACCAACACACGCACCGCCUCCGCCAUCAAUUCCACCACAUUAUCAUAAUCCUCCACCAAAUCCUCCACUGCCGUCAUACUAUCAUCAACAACAACCACCGCCGAUGCACCGCGGUAAUUUUUAUCCAGGACCAUAGGACGGAGAUGUGACAUUUCGAGACGGAUGUUCGAUCAUAGACAUUUUAUCAGUUCAAAUAAAAUUUGUAUUUUUAACGCU